CCGCAGGACAACGCCACAAAUAUCCAGAAGACGCCGUUUAUCAGCAAUAUGACCUCCUCUUUGGCCAAAAUCGAGGUCUUUCCCCCCGAUCCAGUUGAGUUUUUUAAGGAGAUCCUGCAGGAAGCUGCCAAAGGACAUCCCGAUGGAUUCAUACAGGAAAUGAACCUGGCCACCGUGGACGAGGAAUUCGGGGUCCUCAACCGCACCGUACUGUACCGAGGACUCACCCAGGAUAACUGUGUGUUCUACAUCACUCAUCGGUAUGUCCGCAACUUCAAGAACCUUCUGGCCAAUCCCAAGGCCUGCAUCACCUUCUAUAUGCCGGAUGUUAGGGAUGAGGCCGGAAAUCAAAAUACCUGGCAGGUGAGAUUGAUUGGAGCCACCGCCGUGGAACUUCCCCAAGGCGAAAUGGAUGCUUUGUGGGCCAAGGAGAAUUUGGCUGCCCAGAUCAGGGGUCACAUCUGUCCAUGUGGAGAACCCAUUAACCACGAUGAUCUCAAGGCGAAGCACGAUCAGUUCCUUCGGGAUCACAGAGGAAAAUCUAUCGAGAGACCAGCAAGCUAUACCGCUUGGAAAUUCCAACCGCAACGUUGGGAUUUCCUGAAGGUGGGUCUCGACCAAAUUGCGGAUCGAGUGCAGUACCGCCUUCAAACGGAUGGGAAAUGGCAAUCCAUGCACGUGUCCACCUAAUUGUGGCAUGCCAACAGUAAAAUUAUGAUCUUGGACGAUUUAAUUUUAUUCAACAAUAUCUUUCUACAAACAGCUAAACGUACCGCCUUCAAACGGAUGGGAAAUGGCAAUCCAU